UUCAUUCACUGCUCUUCUGAUUGCAGCAAAUCAAGACCGGGAUUCCAGGUUCUUGUGUACGCAUGCAAGAUGAAGCUCUUUAUUCUACUGCUGACAGCCACUGUUGCUCAAAGUGCCACGUACCUUGCGACCUUUUCGUAUUGGUAUGGGUAUGCACAGACGAGAUCAGAUCUUGCCAUGGGCUUCUCACUGUUGCCAGGACCUGGUAAUGAGACCCUCGUCAAUGUGACCUUCGACAUCCCGUCACGUGGUAUCAAGAAAGAACUUGACAACCUGAGUGUGGGCACAACGACUAUGGUCACCUUUCCAACUAUGCUGAAUAGUGAUUGGUUCAUGAUGAACCUGGUGGGCAAGUCUGAAAACCAAGAGCUCUUCAACACGCCACUGUAUACUGGAUAUUAUCAUUGGUUAAACAUCAUUAUUCAAAGUGAUCGAUAUUUCUAUCAGCCGGGUCAGACAGUUCAGUGUAUAUUAUUUGGUGUCCAUGGCAAUCGCUUGCCUUACUUGGGACGCUUUAACAUCUCUCUGCAGAGUUCUUUUGGGGACGUAAAGAAGACCUGGCAGAAUGUGCAGGGAGAGAACGGCGUCGUGUCACUGCAGUACUCACUGUCUGAGACGGCGCCAGAAGGAUACUGGUAUCUGCAGGUGGAGGCAGAAGAGCACGAAACUAAUGGCUACUGGCAUGCAUUUGAAGUCAGAAACUAUGUGGAUAUUGUGCUCAUUGACGUCCCACGCUACUUCGAUCUCAGUAGAAGUGACGACCUCUCUGGAGUAAUAUCUGCAUGGUACCAGGGCAAGACCUUCAAAGGCACAGCAACUGUCACCAUUGGUCCAUAUUACAACUCUAAUGCAUGGAUUACAAAGGAUGUGAAUGUUGAUGGAAAUGGAUACUUCACUUUCCGCCGGAGGGAGCUUAUGCAGCUGUUUUCUGCCAAUACCUCAGAAAUACAUGAUUCAACAAUCUCAGUCGUCAUUACCGAUGAUGCAACAGGCAUGAGAAUGGAAAAAAACACCGGGGUUAUUUUUUCAAAGAACAGAGUUGAAAUUUAUUUUCAUGGGGAUUGGAGAUUCAUUCCUGGUAUUAACUUUAAAAGUAAUAUAAGACUUUAUCUGGUAGAUGGACUGCCACUCACUUCAAAAGACCGAGAGACAAAGCUUACAGUGUCAGUCAAACAGUACAUAUCAUGUCUUGAGCAGAUGAGUUGCCCUGGGAUCAAUAAUGGAUCUCAGAUAUUGGAUCAAACUGAUGCCAAUUACACAGUGCCAACGAACGGAAUUGUUUUCAUCGAUGUGCCAACUUCCAAAGAAGCAAAUUUCCUGACUGUGGAGGCACGAUUUGGUGAAGUCGUUGUUUGUAAUUCGAUAUCAGCAUGGGUGAGUUUUCAAAAUGGAUCAUUUUUGCACGUGACAGCCAGUGAAACCAAUGUCAAGGUUGGGAGCCCAGUUUCCUUCACAUUAAAAAGCUCAGACAGCAGCAUCACCAAAGUGUCUUACCAGGUCGUGUCAAUAGGCCAGGUGCUAGAGGCUGGUGUGGCUCGCUUUCCACAAUUUACGCUGACUCCCUCAAGUGCCUGGGGUCCUGUAGUCUUCAUCAUCGUAUAUUAUGGAACAGACGAUGGCUACAUCGUCCAUGAAAGUGUACAGCUGAGGGUGCAGGACUUGGAGAACAAGGUGGAGGUGAAGUGGAGCACAACAACAGCUCAACCUGGGACUAGUGUGAGCCUGCAAGUCACAGCCUCUGACCCCCAGUCAUUUAUUGGUGUCAUUGCGGUUCCAGCAAAUUUAUUUAGAGACUACCCAAGCCAGUUCUCCUCUCUCCUGUAUCAAUAUCAAUACUAUGAUUAUAAUUAUUACUGGUGGUGGACAAGCAACAUAUUUGAGGCUGCUGGGCUGAGCUAUGUGACUAAUGGAAACAUGGACUACUGGAAUAAACCACCUGUAAAUAAUGGAAAAUCAAGGAAAUUGGAAAAUCGCUUACUCAAUGAUGGACUUCUGGAUACCUGGUUUUGGCAGAAUGGUGUCCUCGGGCCAGACAAGACAAUCACAUUCACAGCCACUGCCCCUGAAAUCAACUCCCACUGGAUUGCCGUUGCCUUUUCCAUAUCAAACACAAGUGGAUUAUCGGUGGAUUAUACCAGCACUCCGUUUGAAGUGACCUCACCAUUGCAAGUCACCAUAAAUGUACCCAGCGUUACAUUUCUUGGAGAAGAGUUCAUUGUGGAGGCAACAGUCUUCAACAAGCAGACACAGACAGCUCAGGUCCUUGCAAAACUGAUGGAGAAUGAAAACUUCACGAUUCUGUUCCAAAGCAACGGUCUCUCCCCCAAUGAACGAAGCUUGAAUGUGUCCGGUCAGAAUUCUGCCACUGCCUUCUUCCCGGUUUCUCUGAAUGUUGACGGCAAAGUUUCCUUCGCUGUAGUUGUCUCCUACCAAAAUGUGGAUUACACAGUGGUGGGAUACACAUUGGUCAAGUACCCAGGCUUCCCACAAACGUACUCGGAGAGUGCCCUCCUCAGCCUUUAUGAUAAUACAAAUUUCACAAGAUCAUUUGUGUUCAAUUUCCCACCCAACAUUGUACAAGGAAGCAGUUCAGCCGUCCUUUACAUCUACGGAGACAUCAUUGGGCCCUCCCUCACUGGGCUGGACCAGCUCAUUCAGAUGCCGUACGGCUGCGGGGAGCAGAACAUGAUCAACUUUGCACCGGGAAUCUACAUCCGGAUGUAUCUGGACGUGUCCCACCAGACAACGCCAGAUAUCGCUGUUAAAUCCUUGAAUUACAUGAAUUCAGGCUAUGAACGAGAGCUCACGUACAGGAGAAGUGAUGGCUCCUUCAGUGCAUUUGGAAACUAUGAUCAACAAGGCAGUACAUGGCUGACAGCGUUCGUGCUGAGGACUUUCCUGCAGGCACGGAGUUAUAUCCCUGUGGACAGCAAUGUGAUCGACACUGCUCGCAACUUUCUGCUGAACUCUUUGGCACCAUCUGGUCAGUUCACGGAGCAUGGCUACGUGAUUCACAGGGAGCUGCAGGGCGGCUCUGCCAGCCACAUCAGCCUGACAGCCUACACUCUCCUCGCCUUCCUGGAGGACAGUACGAAUAACAAUGUGAACAUCUCAAGUGCUAUCCACUUCCUGGAGGCGAAUGUGAGUGGUGGCGGCGUGGCAGCCAGCCUGCCCUUGGCCCUCACAGCGUACGCCCUCUCCCUCGCCAACAGCAGCCACGCCGAUACUGCCCUGACCCUACUCAACAGCCGCUCCACUUCAAUAGAGAAUGGGCUGAAGUUCUGGUCAGACUCUGCAUCAAAUCAAGAGUCCUACUACUGGCAGCCGUCGGCCAUCACCAUUGAGACCACAGCAUACGCCCUCCUGGCUCAUCUUCAUCAGAACAAAAUUGCAGAGGCGGUCCCUAUCAUGAAUUGGCUGAGUCAGCAGAGGAACCACCUGGGAGGAUAUGCCUCCACACAGGACACAAUAGUGGCGCUGCAGGCUCUGUCCGAGUUUGCCGUGUGGCAGUUUGGAAAAGUUUCUGGUUCACUAACUGUCUCUACCGCAUUGCCGAGCGGCCCCAUCACCGUGCAGCUGUCCGGCAUGAAUGCCACGGACAAGCGCAUUGUGAAGAUUUCUACAAGCUCAAACUUAAAUGUGACUCUGUCUGGAACUGGUAGUGGACAAGUUAUUGCACAGCUGAACGUGUUCUACAACGUGCGGGAUUCCCCGGUGGUACGCAGAGCUCGCUCGGCGGCCCCCAGCCCAAGCUACGAGCUCGAUGUGUACUUCGAAGACACCGGGGUUAACGGUUCCAUCGGGGAGCAGGUGGUGCUGACAGCAUGCACAAGAUGGAUGGGCCAGGAUGCCUCUGGCAUGGCCCUCAUGGAGACGAACCUGCUCAGUGGCUUCUUGGGUGAUGAGAAAAUCGCCCUAACUGACAACCUCAAGCUCGUGGAGACAUCGCCAGGAAAAAUCCACCUCUACUUUGUGAAUCUAAAUGAGAAUUCAACUUGUGUGAACAUCACACAGUAUAGAGUUGCACCAGUGGCAAAAACAAUGGAAGCAUUGGUUUCAAUUAGUGACUACUAUGAACCAAGAACAAGAGUGGAGAUGCAAUACAAGUCCCUAAAGCUGUCUAAUAUAACCUUGCAGUCCUUCUGUGGUGAAACCUGCACGUUUCAAAGCAAUGUACUUGCUGCUGCUAUCAGCACUACUGCUGCCACCCAGACCACAGUGAAGGCAAGCGGCACUACUGCUGCCACCCAGACCACAGUAAAGGCUAGCGGAAUUAUGUCAGGUAGUGGUAUGAACCCUUUACUGUGGUUCCUGAUGCCUGCUGCCUUCUGCCUGUCCUGGAUGUGGCUCUGAAGAAUAAUCCUCUAUGACUGGGGGGCCUUGAAAGCACUCGCUCACAGCUAUGUUAUUUGUAUCAACUUCACAACGUAGUGUGUGCCUUCUAAUCAAAUAGAAAACUACGUAAUAAAACAUAAAACAAAUCAUAUGAUACUUUGUAAGUGGUAUGUUUCAGUUGCUAAUGUAUGUGUAGCCAAAGAUGGCUGAGCAGGGGGUUAGGAAUAGCAUUGUUUUGGAAUACUGUUAUUGGUGGUGGUUGUCAACUCACAUUUGACAUUUUUCAGCAUAUAACAUGAGCACUCCUUUAAACUAACAUAUAUAAUCAUGAUGUUUUAUAGCAUUACACUCCACUAAUAUAUGAAGGAGAAAUGCAAGUUAAUAAACAUGCACCAUAUGGGCCUGCACUGAUUAAAAAUAUCAAAACCUGAAUCACUUUGUUCAACAAUGAUGGGAUACGAUUACAAUAUUUGCAUUCUCUUUCUGUAAGGGCACACAUUUCCCAGUACUUUUUAAUUUGUUGGAAUUGUUGCUUUUGUGUUUAUAUCUGUCAGUGCCAUAAACAUUCCUUUCAGAGCAGGUCUUUGUUUAGGGAAGUAUGUGCACAAGAUUGAUAACGAGUUAUUGAAAUCAAGAAAUAAUAAACAUGAUGAAUUGUGAAUAAAAUUGAUUGAGUGUA